AUUCCAACAAUACUCACUAAGAUCGACAGCCAACCGAUCAAUAUAUCAGCUAACCAGUUGCUCAAAGUCAGUCAGUCAGUCAGUAGGUUUUCACGAUUCGGUGUAAGCUGGUUGUUUCACAUUACUCUUGACUGAGCUACUGCAUCAGUAGAACGGAAGAAAAUUCUUUAACGAUGGCUACGGGCGAUAAUUUGACUGCUGUACUUUACGGUAUCAACGAUAUACGAUUGGAACAAACUCCAAUUGAAGAACCAAAUGAUGGUGAAGUACUUUUGCAAAUGGCAUGUGUUGGAAUAUGCGGUUCGGACGUUCAUUAUCUUGUGAACGGAAGAAUAGGUGACUUUAUCGUAGAAAAGCCAAUGAUAAUAGGUCACGAAGCCUCGGGAACUGUCGCUAAGAUUGGAAAAAAUGUCAAGAACUUGAAGGUAGGAGAUCGUGUAGCCAUUGAACCCGGUGUAUCGUGUAGAUUAUGUCAAUUUUGUAAAGAAGGACGUUAUAACUUGUGUAAAGAUAUGAUUUUCUGCGCUACACCACCCAUUCAUGGUAAUCUUCGUCGUUUUUACAAACAUGCUGCUGAUUUCUGUUUCAAACUACCAGAUCAUGUUAGUUUUGAAGAAGGAGCAUUAAUGGAACCUUUGGCAGUUGGUGUUCAUGCAUGCAAACGUGCAAAUAUUGGAAUUGGAUCAAAGGUUUUAAUUACUGGUGCUGGACCAAUUGGUUUAGUAACUUUAUUAGUUGCUAAAGCAAUGGGCGCUAGUAUGAUUGUGAUUACUGAUUUAGUGGAACAACGUUUGAAAGUAGCUAAAGAAUUGGGCGCAAACAAGACGAUACAAUUGCAAAGAGAAAUGAAAGAAGAAGAUACUGUUAAAUUGAUUCAUGCAGCUUUCGAUGGUGAACCAGAUAAAACAAUUGAUGCUUCUGGUGCUGAAUCGUGUAUUCGUAUUGCUAUUUUGGCUACUAAAGCUGGCGGUAUUGCUGUAUUAGUUGGAAUGGGUGCACCAGAAGUUAAAAUUCCAUUGAUUAAUGCUUUGGUGCGAGAAGUUGAUAUUCGUGGUGUCUUCCGAUAUGCCAAUGACUAUCCUGAUGCAUUGGCUCUUAUCGCUUCCGGUAAAAUUAAUGUGAAACCAUUAAUUACACAUAAUUUCAAAAUGGAAAAAACUGUUGACGCUUUUGAUGCUGCUAAAUCUCUAACAAGUGGUGCUAUCAAAGUGAUGAUUCACUGCCAAUAAGUUUUACCUCCUACUCCAAAAAAAGGAAAAUAAAAAAUAAAAUGUUAAAUGUAUAUAAGAUUUUUUAAAAAUCACAAGUGCUAUUGAAGUAUAGAGGCCAAUGACGUCUUCGUCAGUGAUAUUGAUAUAAAAGAGUUUUUUUAAAAAAUAUGUUUAUGUAUUAUUUUAGAUACAUAAUUAUUUGUUACA